CUCAAUUUGUACUAGUUAGAACAGCCCCCCAUGGAGCGACGGGCAUUUGCUCCUCCCUCGGAACUGUCAUCGUUCGCUUUUACCUAGCCGCCUUGCCAUCAAGGUCGAAAUGAAGCCGAGCACACCAUAACUUGAAGCGAAGCUUGCGCAAAUCCUCACGGCUUCACACCAGGACCGAAGGCCAAUUGCUAUUGGCUAAUAUUUGCCGCCUCUGGAAAAGGCCCUUCAUGUUGCCAGCCUUGUGAGAUUACUAGCCUUCCACGAUAGAGUGCGACAGAGACGGAGUUUCUUGUUGCGUGUCGCGUGUCGCAUAACGCGGUGCUGGGAGAUGGACAGAUUGAACGCAAUCCAAGAACCUCAGCAAUGGUCGGGGGACAGGCGGAAAACGAAUUCGAGUAUUACGCCUUCUAUCUUCGGCCGGACCUUCUCGAGAAACAGCACAAGCACCAGUGAUCUAUCUCCAGUAGUGGACAAGAAAGGCCCGCUGGGACUGAACACUCUACACGAUCCGUUAGAUGCUAUCGCAGAUUUAAUAUUUGUACACGGGCUUGGAGGAGGUUCCCAAAGUACCUGGACCGAAUCCCAAAAUGGAACUUUGGAUCCCAAUCUCUACUGGCCAGAAAGGUGGCUGCCAUAUGAAGAUGGCUUCAGCGAUGUACGGAUACAUUCUUUCGGAUAUGAUUCGAACUGGACGAAAGAAAGCACCCUAAACAUCCAUGACUUUGCGAAGUCUCUUCUUGUCGCGAUAAUGGACUGCCCUGCAAUUGUAAAGAGAAAUUCAGAUAUUCCGCUGGUUUUUGCUGCACAUAGCAUGGGCGGGCUUGUCGUUAAGAAAUCAUACAUAAUUGCGCGAGCCUCACACGAAUAUACUAUGAUUGGGAUACGCACCAAGGCAAUGUUCUUUCUUGCUACUCCUCAUCGUGGAUCUGAUUUAGCAACGACGUUCACUAAAAUUCUUAACCUAACAUCUGGAAUUCGACCAUUUGUUAUGGAUCUUCAUAGGAAUUCUCAAAUCACACAGUCAAUAAACGAUGAGUUCCCGGCAUUAUGUGAAGAGCUCCAACUAUAUUCUUUCUACGAAACCAUGCCGAUAAGCAUAGGAGGGACUAAAGUAAUUAUCGUACAACGAGACAUGGCGACUUUAGGAUAUCGUAACGAGCGCACAGCAUAUCUCAAUGCGGAUCAUCGGCACGUCGUCAAGUUUCUUAACCGGGACGAUGUCAACUACAGAACUGUCCGCAACGCUUUGGCAGCGGCAAUCCACAGUUUCAGGCAUGAGCCACUGCUAAUUGAUAGCAAAAAGGAUCUAGACGCCCUGCAAGAUCAGUUGAAUCUCUGCCUUCAAAUUUCAGAAGCUCCUGGUGAUGAAUUAAUGGCAGUCGAGUCUGUGAGAAUGCCAGGAUCAUGCGAGUGGAUUUUAAGAAAGGACGUGUUCCUAGAAUGGAGAAACUCAAUGAACCCCUGGAUCUACUGGGUCAGCGCAAAUCCAGCAACGGGGAAGUCUAUAUUAUGUGGCUUCGUUAUUAAGCAUCUUAAAGAUGCAGAUCUAAAGUGCUGUUACUAUUUUUUCUCCCAUGGGGACAAGGACAAGUCACGGAUCACAUUAUGCCUACUAUCCUUGGCGUGGCAAAUGGCUGUUGCUCAGCGAGAUAUCAUGGAGACAGUCAUUGAGAUCUGUAGCAAAGAUGGUAGUAUCGGUAAAUCGACAGAUCAUCGAACUGUUUGGAGAAAGCUAUUUGUGGAAGGGAUAUUGCGUUUGAAGAUCCAGAGGGUCUACUGGGUAUUAGAUGCCCUGGAUGAGUGCAAAGAAAAUACGGAACUUGUUGCAUACCUUCUGAAACUAACCGACAUUUGCGAUGUACGAGUUUUCAUCACCCAUCGACGUCGCUUUGAAGCCCCGAAAAAUCUUAGUGCCCUGAAAGCGAAAGUAUACGCUGAGACAAUCGGGUCAGAUGAGACGAAAAGCGACAUUGCUCUAUACUUGCAGGACAACAUUCACAAUCUGCCACAGUCAACAGACGAGGAGCGCAAAGUCAUGGUAGACACUAUUUUGGAGAAGUCCGCCGGGUGCUUUCUCUGGGUGAAUCUAGUGUUGCAGCAAUUGAGCAACGUCCAAACUGUUUCAGACACACAGCGCAUUUUAGAGGAAACACCAAGCGAUAUGGACGAUCUAUACACGAGGAUCCUAACGUCUAUGUCAGAUGAACCUCAAGGAAACGAUAUAGCGAAAGCAAUCCUACAUUGGGUUGUUUGCUCGGCAAGGCCUAUGACUAUCGAGGAACUUCAUAACGCCCUAGAGCUCGAUUUAGAUGAUAGCAUACACAGUGUUGUACGGGCAAUUGAAACGACUUGUGGUCAGCUCGUGUAUGUGGAUAUUCAGUCACGAGUACACGUCAUACACCAGACUGCGAAAGAAUAUCUGCUACGCUAUAAGGAUUCUGACUUUUCUAUCAAUCGAAAGGAUGGGCAUAAACGUCUAGCCCUAAUAUGUCUAAAAUAUCUCUCUGGUCCGGAUAUAGGGGGCGUGAAGCGCCGUCCAAGUGCUAGCGGGGCAGUUCCAACUCGAUCACCUUUCGUUGCCUACGCCAGUAAAUAUUUAUCGAACCAUAUCACAUUCAUCGACUCUACUGACGAUGAAUUCAUUGUUGCACUUGCGACUUUCUUGUCAUCCCCUAAUGUACUGCCGUGGAUAGAGUACUUAGCAUCCCACAAUGGCCUCGAUCGACUCAUUCAAACUGGAAAUUCGUUUAUAAAUAUUCUACGACGUCGCUCAAAACACAUGUCUCUUCUAGGCCAAGAUGUAGCAACCAUCAAUUCUUGGUCGUCUGACCUCAUCCGCCUAGCUACUAAGUUUGGAAGCUCCCUAACUGCUUCGCCAAGCUCAAUAUUUAAUCUUAUUCCACCUUUUUGUCCGCCUGAGAGCGCUAUAAGGCGGCAGUUCGGAAACUCACCAAGAGAUAUCUCUGUUGUUGGCCUCUCAGCUACAGCUUGGGAUGAUUGCCUAUCAACAAUCUAUUUUUCGGAUGCAAUUGUCACAGCAAUAGCAUCCUCGGACAAAUUCUUUGCGAUCGGGCUCAGUACUGGGAAAGUGGGCAUAUAUCAGGAUACAACUUGUCAGGAAGUAAAGCUUCUUGAUUGCGGCGAAGCAGUUCGAUUCAUACAAUUUUCAACCUCUUCAAGCAUCCUGGCGACUUGUGGUAUUAAGAAGCUACAGAUAUGGUCUCUCGAUUCAUGGACCCGAACGUGGAAAUUCGAUCUACGCCAAAUGUGCAUGUCUGUUAUUUUCAUAGAGGAAAACCAAAUCUUGCUUGCAGCAAUGAGAAACAACGAGCUUGUUGAAUAUGACCUCGAAACAGGAGAAUCCGCGGAACCUCUAGAGUGGACAAUCGACGAUGAAGGUCGGCCGGCGAAAACAUUUCGCCGCCCGAGUUAUGUUACCAUGAGUGGUAGCCAAUACCAGCUUGCUGGGAUUUAUCGUGGGCAGGACAUCCUUGUUUGGGAUCUCAGUGGUAGCAUGAGGUAUGAAACCUAUAACAAGGACACUGGGUUGUCAACAUCAAAUGACAGGAGACAAAAUACGACUAUGUACGCCGUGGUCUUUAACCCGGCACCAGACUCUACUCUUUUUGCUGUAAGUUAUUUCGAGGGAGACAUUGUGGUUUUUGAUACCGCCGAUGGGUGCCGAAAGGAAAGUGUACAAGCCAGUGCACAGUCACUAGCAGUCUCUCCAAAUGGGCGAACGCUAGCCAGCUUUGAUUCCUCUGGUGUGGUACAAGUCUUUGAUUUCGAGACUCUCAAGCCUUUCUUUCGUAUCCAAUCUCGAGAUUGGGGAAUCAAAGCUCUCUGCUUCAACGGCGACGGUUCUCGGCUUCUUGUUGGCCGAGGUUCCCAAUGUAAAAUAUGGAACCCAGUCGCUUUACUGCGACAAGAUGACGAGACCGACAACAGUGAUACUGUCUCUGUCUCCACUGCCAAUCAGGAGCUUCAAUAUGAUAAUUCCGGAGACGAAGUCUUGAUUACGGCCAUUUGCGAACAUGAUAGUGGUGCUGUUUUCUUGUGCGGCAAGAGCGACGGCUCUGUAUCCCUAUACAGCACGAAAGAUGGGAAGGAAAUCAAGGUUUUAUACAAGCAUCCCGACCGAGCAUCCAUUUUAUCACUCUUCGUUGACGCAACAAGUCAAAUACUUUGCAGCUCUGCUGCGUCCGGACGAAUAAUGACGCACAAAUUAAUUAGGGUGAGAAAUGAGUGGCAAGUGAGCGGCGCACAGUUUGAUUUAAAGCCUGGAUUCGCAAUUGAGCAAAUCCUGAAUAACGAAGGCCACACUCGGAUGCUGGUUUGUUCACCAGGUGUGGAUACAUUGUAUCAGAUGACAGGAGAUUUAAAUGCAAUUGUAGCCACUAGAAAGAGAGAUGACGAUGGACCGCAUCGCUGGGCAGCUCUACCGAACAAACGCGAUGUGAUCUUGAUAACGGGACAUACAGCCCACAUAUUCGACUGGGAUAAACUAUCUUGCUUAACUGGGGAUACUGGCAUUCUCCUUGAGGGAGACGGUUUAUUUGGAGCCAGCAUUGAAUCCAUCACUCCUUGCUACGACGACCUGGUCAUAGCAACAUCAUUCUCUCACUUCCUACAAGCUCACACCAAACGCUUCAAUCUACUUCUAUAUCCUACGGCCUCCUUCCAGACACCUCCUAAGUCUUCAUCAACUACAACAGCAAAACCAGUUCCAAACUCGCUCUCUCUGUCAUCGCAAGUCGAAUACCUAAUUGGCCCAUAUGGUAAACGUCUCAUCUUCCUAGAUGCAUCGGGCUGGAUCUGCUCAACAGACCAGAAAACAUUCGCUGUUACGCGUCACUUCUUCGUCCCUGCAGAUUGGUUAAGCUCGAAUUUAGAGUUGAUAAUUUGUGUUACGAAGUCUGGAGAUAUCCUAUUCGUUAGAGGAGAAGAGGUUGCCGUUAUAAAACGGGGACUGGAUACUAAUGAAACAGGAGUUUGGCCGAGAGCUGGUAGAAGGCUACCAGGGAGGCAAGGUGGAAGGUUGACUAUUAGAUAGACGUGUAGAAAUUAGUUAGUGAGAAGGUUCGGCGAGGACUUUCCUCUGAGAAUACUCGUAGCUAUGUCUCUGGUACUGUCUACCUAGAACUUAAAGGAAAAGGGAAAACCACAUUAUUCUAGCAUAAAAUCAAGACUAUCUUUCAAAACCACG